AUGUCAUUAGACUCGAAUUUGGAUAAUAAAUGCAAAGAGUUUUAUCGAGAAGAAAUAUAUAAAAUAUUGCAAUCAGAUAUUUUGAAUGAUGCGAAUGAAAAAUCGAAAUUAAGUGAUGUAACGUCUUCUGAAUCAAAUGACUCUUUAAGUGACAGACUUUUAGAAAUUAUAAAUUGUGAUGAAAAAACUUCUUGCUCGAAUCCAGUGUGUGAUUUUUUAAUAAAUAUAAUAGACAGUCUUUUAGCGACGAUAUUAAUUCCUUUUUUUAUUUGGCAACGGAUAUCAACUAGUGAAUAUCUUAUCAAGAUUAUAAAAAUAUCUGCUGAGGUAAUACUGGAAUUGAUAGUAUGGUCAAUACUUGCCGGAGUGUCAAUACUAGCAACAAUUAUCCUCAUCAUAGAUGAUUCCGAUGAUUACAACAAUAAAAACCAGACUAUAAAUAGAAAAAAAAAUCCAAACAAUAAAAACUAAAAUAAAAUAAAAAAUUUCCAACAAUUAUUUUUAUUUUAUUAUUUAAAAAACUUGACUAUAAAUAACUAUCGAUCAUAAAUAUCAUAUUUAAAAUUUUUUGUCGCAAUAAAAUAGUGAGUUAACGAUCGAUAUAAUUACCAGUUGUUUAAAUAAAAUAUAUCCUCUUCUAUUUAUUUUCUACAACGUCGUAAUAAAAAAACAUACGUAAUAGUGAGUCAUUUAAAAAAUAUAUAACAUUAUCGCGUUAAUAAUAAUCAAUAUAAAAAAAUAUAUGUUUAUAAAUAAGUCAAAGAUUGAGUGAUUGGGCAAUAGGUCAUUUUAUAAAUUUCCUGACUAAAAUAUUUCUCACGAUUGAACAACAUGUUGAUACAAAAUAUUUAAUUGAGAUGUUUGUGUCUAUCAUAUAUAUAUAUAGAUAUAAAUUACCAUAAUCUAUGACUUAUAUUAAUUUUGCCUUGCGGGCAUUUAAAUUAUGAACCAUAAUAAAUUUUUAGUGAUUCCGGUACUUGACUAAAAAUUUCCAAUUAUAAGUUUUUAAAAAUAUUUUUAAAAAUAUAUAUAUAUAUGAGACUCAAUAUUAACUGGUGGUGGUAAAUAACGCUGGCAAUCUUUGUGUAGUCAUUCACAAUAUAACACGAUUCUCGAUUACAUACGUACGUUGUUUCAAGUGACGAAGCAUCUUAUAGUCGACCAGUUACAAUCCGGACAUUAUAUUAGCGACAUAUAUUUUUUAAUACACGUUAUACUAGUAGUUUUUUUUUUUUUGCAAAUUU